AUGUAUAAUAGAAAUCGAAAUGUAUCUAAAUUACCUGAAAAUGGAUAUGAUAUGACACCUGAAGAAUGUAAACCAAGAAUAAGAAGAGGAUUACAUAAUAUGUCAAUACAUCAAGGAAAUACUAUUGAACUUCAAGUAUGUGUUACAGGAAAUCCAACUCCAACAAUAAAAUGGUUUAAAGAUGGUGAAGAAGUUAGAAAUGAUGGACCUAAUGGAAGAAGAGUUUUAUGGACUGAUGAACGUGGUAUUCAUCAUAUGCUUAUUCUUAAUGCCUCACCUGAUGAUGAGGGUGAAUAUUCAUUAGUUGCUGAAAAUAAAUUAGGAACUGCAAAAACAGAAUGUUGUAUUGGUAUUAUAAGACCCAAAAUGUAUGAAGAAAAUGAACGUGGUGGAAUGCCAUUCCCACCUGGAUUUAUAAGACAAUUAAAAAAUAAACAUGUAUUUACACAUUUACCAACAAUAUUUGAUUGUUUAGUUGUUGGUCAUCCAUCACCUGAAGUUGAUUGGUAUCAUAAUGGAGUUAAAAUAGUACCUAAUGGAAGGUGUAAAAUGCAAUCUUGUGGAGGUGGAAGUCAUGCGUUGAUAAUUCUUGAUACAUUACCAGAAGACUCUGGUGAGUAUGUAGCUGUUGCAAAAAAUUCACAUGGUACUGCAUCAUCAUCAGCUGUAUUAGAUGUCACAGUACCACAUUUAGAUAAAAUAAAAUUUAAUGACUUAAUUGAUGUAACACCAUAUUUAACAGAAGAAUACGGUUUUAAAAAAAUAAACUUUGCAAGUUUUCCAACUCCUCCAGAUCGUGGUCCAUUUAUCAAAGAAGUUACAGGUCAUUAUUUAACUCUUUCAUGGAUUCCAACAAAGAGAUCUCCACCUAGAUAUCCACAAGUCACUUAUUGUAUUGAAAUUAGAGAAUUACCAGAAAAAGAUUGGACAUUAUUGGAUUAUAAUAUUCCAGAACCAGUUUGUAAAGUUCGUAAUCUUGAACUUGGUAAAAGUUAUCAAUUCCGUGUACGUGCUGAAAAUAUAUAUGGUAUAUCUGAACCAUCACCAGCUUCACCACCAUCUAGAUUAAUGGCACCACCACAACCAGUUUUAGAUAGGAAUAAAAAAAUUAUUCCACUUCUUGAUCCAUAUGCUGAGAAGGCAUUAAAUGAUUCAUAUGCUGAACAGUAUGCAUGUGCACCAUACUUUGCACCAGGUGUCAUUGAAAAAAGAUAUUGUGCAGAGAAUGAUACAUUAAUAUUAUGCCUUAAUUAUUCUGGAUAUCCUGAUCCAACAAUUGAAUGGAAAUUCCGUGGUUGGCCAUUAGAUAUAUCAUCUCCAACAUCAACAGUUAGAAUUAUUAAUCAUGCUGGUACUGAAACAUUAUUAAGUAUAGCUGGUUUUUCAAAAGAUAAUAUUGGACAAUAUCAAUGUAUAGCAAAAAAUCAAUGGGGAGAAGCACAACAAAAUAUAUUUGUAGAAUUAGCUACUCGACCACACUUUAUACAACCAUUAACAGAUCAUGUUACAAGUGAUCGUAAACCUUUAAGACUUGAUGUGCGUGUUGAAGGAAGUCCAUUUCCAGAUUUAAAAUGGAUGAAAGAAUGGAGACCAUUGGCAGAAUCUGCCAGGGUUAAAUUUGUACAAGAUGGACCAUAUUUAUGUUCAUUAAUAAUAACAGAUCCUAUUUGGCGUGACUCUGGUAUUUAUUCUUUGAUUGCUGUUAAUGAAGCAGGACAAGCAACAAGUAGUUGCACUGUUACAGUAGAAGCACAAUCAGAUUGUGAGGAAAGCUCAAUAAAAUGUAAUACAGAGUAUAUGAAAACUAGAACCUUAAACGACAUUGUAGAAUGCGAUGAAGAAGAAUGUAGAAAAGAAUAA